AAAACUCUCGUAGAUACCUGUACAACCAACAGAAAUGACGCUUUCUGUGUGAAAUAGAUGAAGAUGAUUUUUCCAUUACUUGUAAUAUUUUGCUGUAUAUUGGUUGUGAAAUCUGAAACAUGCCUUGGGAACCAGGAAAAAUCUAUUUUAUCUGGUAUAAAAUCAUCCAUAAAGACAUUGGAAGAGAAGUUGGAAGGGAAAUCACCGAGAUGUAGACCAGGAUGGAAGGAAUACAAGGAUCACUGUUAUUUCUUUUCUACUGACAAAAAACCCUGGCAUGAGGCGGAGGUAGAAUGUCGAAAUCUAGGAGGGUACCUAACACAAGUUACUGAUUCUGCAGAAAAUUCCUGGAUUGUUUCUAUGAUUACGAGUAAAAAAGUGAUUCAGCAGCAUUAUUGGAUGGGUGCAUCAGAUUUCAAGGAGGGUGAUUGGAGAUGGGUGAAUGAUUUGUCUAAAGUACAUUAUACCAGUUGGAACUCAAGGCAGCCUGAUAAUAGUGGAGGAAAAGAGGACUGUGCUCAUUUCUGGCAUGGACAGAACUAUAAAUGGAAUGAUCAACCGUGCAGUGACAAUUUUGCGUUUAUUUGUGAGAGCCCUCAGGGUUCUAAUUGUCUUCCGUACUCAAGACUGUUAAAGACUGCUGUACGUAGAAAGUAGCAACAUGCACCCUGUCGUGAAAAAGUAAAAGUGAAAUAAAGUUUGAUUCAUAUUUAA